CCCCACCCCCGCCUGUCUCUGGGAGGGCGCUGCGGUGUCUGACUAGCCCCCCUGCCACCCCCCAAUGACCCCUGCCCACAUGUGUCCCGUCUGAGCCCUGCAGAGACUGGCCCCCACUGCAGCAGCGUGGCCAAGCUGAACUGGAUGCUGUGUGCGGGAAGGACCCCACCAAUCAAGUGCAGCCUCCAGGCUAAGGGUUGCCAGGAGUCUGGUUUUCGACUGGAACGCCCGGUCGAAAAGGGACCCGGGUGGCUCCCGUGAAAAGUCCGGUUAGCAGCGAAGCGGAGGCCCAGGGCUAAGGCAGGCUUCCUACCUGCCUGGGCUCCGCGCUGCCCCCGGAGUGGGCACCAGGUCCCUGCGUCCCCAGGAAGGCUCUGCACGCUGCCCUCGUCCCCAGGGCCGGCUCCGCAGCUUCCACUGGCUGGGAACCGUGACCAAUGGGAGCAGCAGUGGGUGGUGCCUGCAGGCACAAAGGCAGAGCUGUCUGGAGUGGCUGCCCAUGUGCCUGGAGGUCACAGGAACCUGGUGACUGCUUCCCCAGAGCCGUUGUAAAUACUGCCAGGAACCCACAUGCUCCUGCACCCCAAACCCCUCAACCCUGUCCCCACCCCCAGCUGGAACCUUCACCCCCUCCUGCACCCCAAACCCCUCAUCUCCAGCCCCACCGUAGAGCCCACACCUCCGGUUGGAGCCCUCACCCCCUCCUACACCCCAACCUCCCGCCCCACCCUGGUGAAAGGGGAUUACACCUGCACAUUCACAUACGCGUCUCAGGGAGGGACCAAUGAGCAAUGGCAGAUGAGCAUUGGAGUCAGUGAAGACAACAAGCUCUUCUCCUGUUCAGUGUGGAGGCCCCAAGGAAAGUCUUAUCUCUUCUUUACCCAGUUUAAAGCUGAAGUGAAAGGAGCAAAGAUAGAGUAUGGCAUGGCUUAUUCCCAAGCUGCAACGGGUGGACAGAGCGACAUCCCCUUAAAGGCGGAGGAAUUUGAAAUCACCGAAACCACAGUGGCUCACAAAGAAGGCAAGUUCCGUUCCGAACUGUCUAAACUACUGAUUGUAGCGAAAACGCCCCAUGAUGAGUUGUGAUCCGGAGACCGAGGGAAGGGGCUUGGCUCUCGGCUGGAGAAGCAUGGUGGAUAACGGGGACUUUUUCUUAAUUGCUGGUUGUCUAGGGUGUCCUUUCCUGUUUCCCACACAGAAGUAUAUUGGGGUCCGCUCUGAACUGGACUUGGAGGUGUUAAGACAGAUACCCUCUGUCUUGUGUCAGAGUAACCAUGUGCCUGAGAUGCUAGAAGACUUUGCAGCUGGAGACUUCCUCUGAGAUUCUUGAUCUGUAGCCAGCCAUUCUGUUGCCUGCUUUAUGCUUCAGUGAUCAGCUGAAUAGGGUAAAGCUCUCCUCUAGCUGUGUCCCUUAUCUUCCUUGCUAAGCAGAGCAAUGCAGAAAGAUAAGGAGCAGGAUUUUAACAAGGUUUGCUAAAGGAAAGUAGUUAACUCUCUAGUCUCUGGAGAGGGAAUAGGGUUUCUGCCCAGAAACGUGACAGGAAGAACACACUGAACGGGUAGUAGGAGCGGGUACGGAACCGGCCAAACCUCUUCACUGUCCUAUCUGGUGGGUGAACACCAAUGAACAGCAUUUGGUGAGCUGAGGAGGAAACACUGCCCUGUUGCCCAGAUCAGAAUUUGGCACCUUGGCAUAAGAAAAGCAGAGUUGUGGGGUCCACAUGGGCCUUGUUUAUUCUGAUACCACACAGAAAUCCAUCCAAUGAGGCAUCCAUUAUUCAACAGAGUUCUGGGACUAUUUUCAUAUAUACUGAAGUGAUUUUCUUAUUUAGUCUAAUAACUGUGAAGGAAUCCAGAAUUCCCUUCAUAUGUAUAUAAAAAAAUAAAAUAAAGCAUCUUGUCUCCAA